CGUCUGAAGUGUUCAGUUUCUACGAAUACAAUAUUCAUUUUUCAGUUUGAUCACAAUAUUGACGGUCAUUUUUUACUAUCUGUAUUUUGAUUGAAUUCAAAAAAUGGUGUUCACGACUAAAGUACUAGUCUUUGUCGUCACAUUGAUGUCGUUUAUCAACCAUUCGUACCUUAUUAUUACCAUAGUUGAAUUGCCAAAUAUUAGUCACAUCACAUAUGAAGAUUAUAAAAAUGCUGUGACUAAAACAGCGGCUCUGUACGUAUUGGAUGAAAAUCAGUUCAAAAUGGCAUUCGAUAAUUAUAAAAAUACCAUAAAAACAAUUGAAAACGAUGAGUGGCUUAACCGAUUUCGUAAAGAAAUAAAUCUCUUUACAACAAAGCUUGAUGAAUCACGGUUAUUAAAAAGAAUUAUGUCAUUUGCAGGAUGUGAUGAUAACCUUAUAAAACAUAUAGAGAAUUAUAUCGAAGAUCGUAAAAUUUACCACAGUAAAACACAGACAGAAGAAUAUCCUUUUGUUGUCAUCGAUUCAUGUUCUCCGAAAAUUGAAAGAUUCAAUGAAUCUAAUGAAGAAAUAGAAUACUUGCAAACACUUAUACCGUUGAGUAAUAGUGAAGGGCGUAUAAAAAAUUUAUAUUUGAGUAUGCUGUACGGAAGUAAUCAACAUAGAAUUAAUAAGGCGAUAAAUUCUUUUGAUUCGAUGUGGUUUUACCUUUUACGAAAGCUUGAUCCAAUAUUUGGUGAAUCGUACAUGUCAUAUUUUUUGAGAAUGAUAGAACAAAAUAAAAUUCCAUUACCUAAAGAAUUAAUACCUAGGUUUUAUGGUAAUGGAAAAUUAGAAUUGUUUGAUGAUUUCGAUAUAUGGCCUGAGUUAAAUGGAGCAUUCGUCAUGUAUUACCUGUCUCAUUGCCCUUUUAAAAAUAUCCCCAAUUAUGAUGUGUCACACGAAGUAAACAAUUAAAAAUAUAUUAUAAUACAUAAUAUUUUAAAUAUUUAACAAUUAAUGGUUAACAUAAUCUUGCUUUAUAUUCGUAUAAUCGUAUAAUAUAUGUUAAAUAAAUGUAUUGCUUAAAUAAAUUUAGUAUGACGUAAGACGAUAUUGUCGUCGUAUUACUAUGUUAUUAUAGUUAUACGAAUUAUAGUAAUAGUUUUAUU